UCUGCAAUCACAACAAAUUCUUCAUACUUUUAUGGGGAAUUGAUUGCAAGGGCAGCAAGGUUGACUUUGAUAGCUGAAGAGGUGUGCUUCCUUGAUGUGAUUCCAAAGAUUAGGAAGUAUUUGAAGGAAACCAUUGAGCCAUUGCUGGAUGAAACUUUUAAUGGGAAUGAAUUUCUCUAUGAUAGGAAGUGGGGAAGGGUUAUUACUAAGCAAGGUUCUACUGAUAUUGGGGCUGAUUUCAGGUUUGGAGUUUACAAUGGUCAUCAAUAUCAUUUGGGGUACUUUGUUUAUGGAAUUGUAGUGCUUGCAAAGAUUGACCCAGUUUGGGGAAGGAAGGAUAAGCCUCAGGCCUAUUCACUCAUGGCAGAUUUCAUGACCUUGAGCAGAAGAUCAAACUCUAUACGCCAUCUAAGGUGUUUCGACCUUUAUAAACUGCACUCCUGGGCUGGAGGGUUAACCGAGUUUGCUGAUGGAAGAAAUUAGGAGAGCACCAGUGAAGCUGUGAAUGCAUAUUACUCUGCAACAUUGAUGGGUUUGGCAUAUGGAGACACCCAUCUUGUUGCUACUGGAUUGACACUUACAUCGUUCGAAAUCCAUGCAGCUCAAAUGUGGUGGCAUGUAAGAGAAGGAGAUAAGCUUUAUGAGGAAGAUUUUACCAAAGAGAACAAGGUAGUUGGUGUGUUAUGGGCUAACAAGAGAGACAGUGGACUAUGGUUUGCUCCUCCUGAGUGGAGAGAGUGUAUGCUAAGGAUUCAGCUCUUGCCUUUGCUGCCUAUUUCUGAAGUUCUGUUCUCAAAUGUUGAUUUUGUGAAGGAGCUUGUGGAGUGGACUUUACCUGCUUUGAAUAGGGAAGGUGUUGGAGAAGGAUGGAAGGGGUUUGUGUAUGCACUGCGAGGAGUGUAUGAUAAUGAAGGUGCGUUGCAGAAGAUAAGAAGCUUAAAUGGUUUUGAUGAUGGAAACACAUUGACUAAUCUAUUAUGGUGGGUUCACAGCAGAGGUGAUGAAGUAGAGGAAUUUGGACAUGGGAAACACUGCUGGUUUGGUCAUUACUGCCACUAGGUAUUGUUAAUGAUUUCAAAUACUUAAAAAGUAAAGAAGAUAUUAGUAGUUCUUGCGUUGUACCUAUUUCUGUAUUCAACUUAUAUAUGUCUCUUACAAUUUGUUUGUAAAUAAAGUAUGUUUGUGUGGAAUUUUGAAUUCAUUGUCUAU